AUGGGCGUCGUCAGCAGUUGCUGUGAAUCCUGUUUCCGCUCGAGGAGAUCUCAGCAGUACGAGCCUCUUCUUCUCGAGAACGAACGAGAGGCAGUCGCAGACCUUCUCCAAUAUCUAGAGAACCGCACAACCACCAACUUCUUCCAAGGCUCACCGCUCACCGCAUUAACUACCCUCUCUUUUUCCGAUAAUGUCGACCUGCAGCGCAGUGCUGCACUUGCAUUCGCCGAAAUUACUGAGAAGGAAGUGCGCCCUGUGGGUCGGGAUACGCUUGACCCAAUUCUCUUCCUCCUAAGCAGCCAGGACACGGAGGUGCAGCGUGCUGCUAGCGCCGCCCUCGGAAACUUGGCCGUUAACACUGAUAACAAGCUUCUCAUCGUGAAACUCGGAGGCCUGGAGCCACUCAUUCGCCAAAUGCUGAGCCCAAACGUCGAGGUGCAGUGUAACGCCGUAGGCUGUGUCACAAACCUUGCGACACAUGAUGAUAACAAGACGAAAAUCGCCAAGUCAGGCGCACUUGUUCCGCUUACUCGGUUAGCACGAUCCAAGGAUAUGCGCGUUCAAAGAAAUGCAACUGGGGCCCUGCUAAAUAUGACCCACUCAGAUGAGAAUCGACAGCAACUUGUAAAUGCGGGUGCCAUCCCCGUGCUGGUGAGCUUGUUGAAUUCAAUGGACACAGAUGUCCAAUACUAUUGCACGACUGCGUUGAGCAAUAUCGCUGUCGAUGGAGCAAAUAGAAAGAAACUAGCACAGAGCGAAUCAAAGCUCGUAACGAGCUUGGUAGCCCUUAUGGAUAGCCCAAGUUUAAAGGUUCAGUGUCAAGCUGCCCUUGCUCUACGGAAUUUGGCUAGCGAUGAGAAAUACCAACUAGAAAUCGUCAAAGCUGACGGUCUUACUUCACUUCUCCGACUGCUCCAGUCUACGUACCUCCCACUCAUCCUGUCAUCUGCUGCAUGUGUCCGUAACGUCUCCAUCCAUCCACAGAACGAGUCCCCUAUUAUCGAUUCCGGGUUCCUGCAGCCGCUUAUUAACCUUCUGUCAUUUAAAGACAAUGAGGAGGUUCAAUGCCACGCCAUUUCCACACUGCGUAAUCUUGCUGCCAGCUCGGAGAAGAAUAAGACGGCGAUCGUGCAAGCAGGCGCAGUGCAGAGCAUUAAAGAACUCGUGCUGGAGGUGCCAAUGAACGUGCAGAGCGAAAUGACUGCCUGUGUCGCCGUGUUGGCCCUGAGCGAUGAGCUCAAGGGCCAAUUACUUGAGAUGGGUAUUUGUGAAGUGCUUAUUCCUUUGACAAAUUCACCUAGCUCAGAAGUCCAAGGCAACAGUGCUGCUGCCCUUGGUAACCUAUCAUCGAAAGACGGCCGAACUGCAUCUGAUGACUAUUCUGCAUUUAACGACGUAUGGGAAAAACCUGAUGGCGGCAUGCACCGAUACCUUUACAAUUUCUUGACGAGCGUAGACGCCACCUUCCAGCACAUUGCUGUUUGGACGAUCGUGCAGCUACUGGAAUCGGGAGAUCCUCAAUUAAUUAGCAAUAUCCGCCUUUCUGGCCUUUUGAACCCCUCGAUCAGGCAGCUCGCACUGUCACGUACACCAUCGGCAACGUCUUCCGUUGGUACGCCUCGCUCGCACCGGUCACAAUCGCAAUCAUACGCAGAUACAGACACCGGUGAUGGUCAGGGGGAGAUCCAGCUGCUUGCACGGCGGAUUCUAGAGUUCGUUGAUGGGGAUGUUGAUGGGGGACUUCCGCGAAGCGUGGCCGGGUCUCACAUGGCAGGGUCUUCUGUCAGCAGUGCCAGGGACGAGGAACUCAGAAGGAGCGUGCGAGAGGCGUUUUCGACUGGUUCUCACCACUAG